AGGCUGACUCUAGAUUGCAAUCAUGGUGGAGCAAUUGCGGCCAGAGGACCUACAGAGGCUCCAGAGUUUCAUCAGUGCCUGCAAACAAAAUCCUUCAAUACUUCAUGUGCCUCAGCUGAGCUUUUUCAAGGAAUAUCUGACAAGUCUGGGUGCCAAAUUACCAGAAUGUUCGCCGCCACCAAAACCUGAGGAGACGCCAAUGAAGGAACCUGAACCCAAGGAAGAAGAAGAAGAGGAAGUAGAGAGUGAUGUUGAAUUGAACAAUGAAGGGGUUAUUGAACCUGAAACCGAGGACCCACCUGAGAUAGGGGACAUGAAUAAGGUGGUGUCAGAGGAGGACCAGGAUGCAGCAAAUGAGAAGCGGUCAGAAGCGAUGAUGGCAAUGUCUGAUGGCGAUUUCCAGAAAGCUGUCGAUUGUUUCACAGAAGCUAUCAAACUUAACCCAGGAUCUGCCAUGUUGUAUGCAAAGAGAGCAAACAUACUAUUGAAACAGAGCAGAGUCAAGGCUGCUAUCCGAGACUGCGAUGAGGCCAUCAAAUUGAACCCAGAUUCUGCAGCUGCAUACAAGUUCCGAGGUAGAGCACACAGGCCUCGGUCUUCCCGUUCCAUCCCUUCCCUUGGUUUUAAGGAAGAGGAGGUGAUGGAUGAUCCCCAGCCUUCGACUUCCAGGAGUCUUCUGCGUUUGAGUAAUACAUCUGAUCCCCUCCUCAAUCUGGUCAGUCAUUCUUCUGAUGAGGAAUGUGCGGAAUCGGAUGUGGAGUAUAUGCCACCGACUAAACGGUGCAGGACAGAGGAUUAUUACGAUCCUCAUGUCGCCCGUUGUGAUGACUCAAAAUGGGAGGACAGUAACUUGGAGGAUGAGUCUGAGCUGUCCAACUCUGAGUCAGACAUUGACUCUGUAUCGCUAAUGUCAGUCAACCGCUGUGAUCGCAAUGCCCCAGGUACUUCCUCAUUUGUCUGGAGAAAGAUGGAGAAUAACCCACAGCGCUUUGACUUCACUGCAACUCCUGGGGUCAAGCUUCCUAACCUGGAUGCUGCUUCACGGCCUGAAACGAUCUUCAGCAAGUUCCUGACAAAGGAACUUCUGGAAAAGAUUGUACAAGAGACGAAUCGAUAUGCUUCGCAGUACAUGAAGACACCCUUUGUUAACAUGAAGGCUUGGGAGGAUAUAACAGUUCAUGAGUUUCGGGCAUACCUUGGGCUGCUAUUCCUGAUGGGAUUGCAGUCCAUGCCAUACAUGCAGGACUUCUGGUCUCAUGAUCCCCUGAUUUCGUCACUAAUUUUCUCACAGACCAUGUCGCGGGAUCGGUUUGAUGCCAUCACAUUAGCACUCCACUUCGUUGACAAUGAAGCUGACCAUCCUGCUGUUGAUCGGCUUUGGAAGUUGAGACCUGUCAUUGAUGUCCUAGACAAACAGUUUUCUAGCAUCUUUGUCCCCAACAAGUUGAUUUCGGUGGAUGAGAUCCUUUGGGAUGUCAGUGGGUGCCAUCAGGCAUUACAGUAUGUGCCAAACAAGAGUGCAUGCAGGGGUUUGAAGGUCUACAAGCUCUGUUCAAGUGAUGGACCAGAGGCUGGCUAUACCACUGCCUUUGGCAUCUAUGUAGGGAAGGACUGUGGGGAGCACCCCACAAGCAUGAAAGUGGUGAUCGACCUUAUGGAAAAAGGGGGCCUCAUGGACAAGGGGUACGAAAUACACACUGACAACUGGUUUUCGUCCCCAAAACUAUUCCACUACCUGCAGGCAAGGAAAACAAGUGCUGUCGGGACAGUACAAAAAAAUUGUAAAUACAUGCCAACAGACCUGCAGGCGAAAGGGCGAGGAAAGAUAGACUUCCGCAGCACAAACACAGGAAUGCUUGCCUUGCAGUGGAUGAACAAGAAGCCCAUAACCAUGCUUUCUACGGUCCACAUCAGCGAGAUUGAAGCUCUUUCUCCCAACUGUCAGGAACAGGCUGUGCUAGAGUACAACCAUCACAUGAAGGGGGUUGACCUCAGUGAUCAGUUAGGACAGUCCAACAGAUCAACAAGGAAAACAAUAAAAUGGUAUAUAAAAAUUUUCUUCACUCUUUUGGACAUGGCUGUGUUCAACUCCCUGGCUGUACACAAAGUCCUUGGUGGUAAAAUGACAGAAGCCAAAUUCAAAAUGGAGCUUGUGCGAGGCUUACUAGGGGGAAGAGAGGUUCGAAGAAGGAGAAGGAAGCAUGUUGUCCCUUCUCCUGCUGCCCCUGUUGCUAUUGCUGUCUCAGAACACAUGCCAGAGGACACACCCUUCCGCAGGUGGAGAAGGUGUGUCUUCUGCUGGAACACAAAGCGGAAGAGGAAGGAAACCAGGCUACUGUGCAACAUAUGUGGGGUCUCCCUGUGCCCUACCCCUUGCUUCAAGGAGUUCCACAAUUCUCUAGAUCAUGUCUGACUGUGUAAACAUGAUGUUUUGUAAAUAAUAUGUGCAGAAAUAUUAAUAUUUUUAUUCAUUUUUAUGAAAGUAAAAAACAAAAACAAAAACAAAGUAGUUUUCUUAUGUGAAAUGCACCACUUCCUUUAAUAAAACUUUAAUAUAAGUCAGUAAUGCUAUAAGUCACCCGCCUGAGUGAGCUGAAAGUUUUUGAGGCAAGCGGGAUGGGCCAGCUGUAUACAACAAACGCCUCAGCAGAAAGAAUGGAUGGAUGUCAGCAUUCACUCGAAUAAGUGCCGCCCAGCGAAUUCUGGUACGGGUGGUUAAUGGUGAAGUGUCAGGUGGCUA